AUAUUCAUAUGAUGGCAAUAAGAAGUUCAUAAUCACCGAGUACAAGUUAUUGAUCGAAGUUUACAAGUUAGUGGAAAAUGAUAAAGUAGAAUUGUGCGAUGUUUUAUCCACAACUUCUAAAAAGCUAUCACAGUUUUCGUUAGCUUCAUCUACAUUUACGAUUCAAG